UUCAAUAAUGCAUUAUGCUGCCACACAAGUACACACAGCUCAUCCCCCGAAUGUAAACAUUGUACGAGAAACAACCGAGAGAGGGCUUGUAAAAAUGGCGUCGCCAGGCAGUGCGGAUCUGGAAGCAACUCUUCUGAGUUUUGAAAGGUUGGACCGAGCAUCACCAGAACUGUGGCCUGAGCAAAUUCCUGGAGUUUCCAAUUUUGCUGACAUCAAAAGUCCAUUCAACAAUGCAAACUCGCCCCCUUGGGAAGCUGAUUUGGAACAGAAUGACAUUGAUAUGCUCAAUGAGCUUGGUAGUUUAACUACAUCCAAUCUAAUGGAGAAAGUAAAAGGUCUGCAAAACCUAGCCUACCAACUUGGCUUAGAAGAAGCUCGUGAGAUGACAAGAGGAAAGUUUCUGGACGUUCUAUCAGGUAGCAACAAGAACAAGAAGAAAUGAAAACUCCUGUAUUAAAGAACCAUCUUAUGUCAAAGAUUUGAAGAGACUUGUACAAAGAAAGAACCAGGGAGACCAAGGGUUGUUGCUCAAGUGAUGUUUCUCCACCAAAAAAUGGAAUAAUUAGAAGGCAACAAUAGACCAGUUCUUCAUUAGCUUAUGGUUGAAUAAUCCAGAAUAUCCAGAUUACAUGGAGACGUCCCACUUUGUGCA